CACGUCACGCGGGCCCAGGUCUCGUCGGAGCUGGAGUUACGCGCCAAGAUGGACGCGCUCAUUCUGGAGCCGCUCGACGCGAGCAGGCCGUUGUGGGACGUCACCGUGGUCACGCUCGCGCCCGGGGCCACGUGGACGGACUCACCCGGGGGACCGGGCAGGAAACCCCCGAUGGUGUGCGUGCGCCUGAGCCACACCAUCGGCGACGGCAUCAGUCUUGUGAACGUGCUCAACGAGGCGUGCGUGUCCGAGGACGGGUCACCGGUGAGGACGGUCAACUUUCAGCGCCGGCCCAACCCAAAGGUGUGGGACUGGAGCACGCUCUCGCCUGUGAACAUUCUCACGCAGAUCGCCAACCUCAUCUGGUACAUCCUCAAGUGCGUCUACGCCGUGCUGAGGGCGCUGGUCACCCCUUUCGGACCGCACGACUCCAAGACGGCGUUUUGCGAUACCAAAACAAAGGUGGUGUACUCGGGCAAAAGGACGCUCGUGACCUGCCCGUCUUUCAAGCUGGCCGACAUCCGGGAGGUCAAGACGCAGAUGGGAUGCACGGUGAACGACGUGGUGUGCGCGUGCUUGGCGGGGGCGCUGCACAAGUAUCAGGUGCACCGGGGCGACCCCGCAGCGGAGCGCAGGCCGCUGGUUCGCGCCGCCGUGCCCUACGCGUUCCCGAGGAAGAACCCCGCGGAACUCACCAACUCGUGGACGUUCGUCUCGCUGCCCUUCUUCCUAGGUCCCAUGGACAUCAAGGACAGGCUGGCCAAGACGAAGAGGAGGUGCGACGACAUGAAGCGCUCACCCGAGGCUCACGUCAUCGCCGGUAUCAACACCGUCGCCGGGAAGCUACUCGGCGCCAAGUUCCAGAGCCAGACCAUCUACGACUUCAUGUCCAGGCACAGCAUGGUGUUCACAAACGUACCGGGACCCACCGCGCCCGUCGUGCUGUUCGGUCAGAAGGUUAAUGACUUCCUGUUCGGGAUGGGCAACCUCGUGAACCAGGUGAGCGUGAUCUCUUACGAUGGUGUCAUGACCUUGAGCCUGGUGGUGGACCCGGACGCGGUGCCCGACGCGCACAUGAUCGGAAAGUUCUUCCAGGAGGAACUCGACAACCUCUGCGCCAAGCUGCUCUGAUACGCGAAUCUUGAACGAUUAGUCUGUUGUUUGUCGUGAAUGCAUUACACAGUUACUUC